AUGUCUUUUGAAGUAGGUACUAAGUGUUGGUAUCCUCAUAAAGAGCAAGGUUGGAUAGGCGGCGAAGUAACCAAGAAUAUGUUCUCUGAAGGAACGUACCAUUUAGAGUUAAAGUUGGAGGACGGAGAGACUGUGUCCAUUGAAACAGACAACUUGGAAAGCGACAGCAGUAAUCCUUCAUUACCUGUACUUCGAAACCCACCUAUUUUAGAGUCCACUGAUGACUUGACUACUCUAUCAUACCUGAACGAGCCUGCGGUGCUGCAUGCUAUAAAAAAGAGAUACUUGGAUUCACAAAUUUAUACUUAUUCUGGUAUUGUCCUUAUUGCAGCAAAUCCUUUUGAUAAAGUUGAUCAUUUAUACUCUCGUGAAAUGAUACAGAGUUACUCUAACAAACGUAAGGAUGAGCUGGAACCGCACCUGUUUGCUAUUGCAGAGGAGGCUUACAGGUUUAUGCUUCGUGAAAAGACUAACCAAACGAUUGUUGUUAGUGGUGAAUCUGGUGCCGGUAAGACCGUAUCUGCGAAAUACAUUAUGAGGUACUUUGCUUCAGUUCAAGAAAACAAUGGGUGUGAAGAAGACGUGGAAAUGUCCCAAAUUGAAAGUCAGAUCUUAGCUACUAAUCCGAUUAUGGAAGCCUUUGGUAAUGCCAAAACUACCAGAAAUGAUAAUUCUUCUCGUUUUGGUAAAUAUUUGCAAAUUUUAUUCGAUGAGAAUACUACCAUAAAAGGGUCCAAAAUUAGAACAUAUCUUCUGGAAAAAUCCAGAUUAGUUUACCAGCCAGAGGCAGAAAGAAACUAUCAUAUUUUCUACCAGAUUUUAAAAGGGUUAUCAGAAUCGCUUAAACAAGAAUUGCAUCUGUCAUCUGCCAAGGACUACCAUUAUACCAACCAGGGUGGACAAGCGAAUAUAACUGGUGUAAAUGAUGCUCAAGAAUACAAGGUAACUACGGAUGCUUUGUCGUUGGUAGGUAUAGAUCACGAGACUCAACUCGGAAUUUUCAAAAUUCUUGCUGGUUUGCUGCAUAUUGGUAACAUUGAAAUGAAAAUGACCAGAAACGAUGCAUCAUUAUCAUCAGAAGAACCUAACCUGCUGACUGCAUGUGAACUACUGGGUAUUGACCCCUUCAAUUUUGCAAAAUGGAUUGUCAAGAAACAAAUCAUUACGAGGUCUGAAAAAAUUGUCACAAAUUUGAAUUAUAACCAAGCACUAAUUGCCAGAGACUCUGUGGCUAAGUUUAUCUAUUCUACGCUUUUUGACUGGUUGGUGGACAAUAUCAAUAAAACAUUGUAUGAUCCUGAACUGGACCAACAAAACCAUACAUUUUCCUUCAUUGGUAUCCUGGAUAUAUAUGGAUUUGAGCAUUUUGAAAAAAAUUCGUUUGAACAAUUUUGUAUAAACUAUGCCAACGAAAAACUGCAACAGGAGUUUAACCAACACGUUUUCAAAUUGGAGCAAGAAGAAUACGUUAAGGAAGAAAUUGAGUGGUCUUUCAUUGAGUUCAGCGAUAAUCAACCCUGCAUAGACUUAAUUGAAAACAAACUUGGCAUACUCUCUCUUUUGGAUGAAGAAAGUAGGCUACCAUCAGGUUCAGACGAAUCAUGGACUUCGAAACUAUAUUCUGCCUUCGAUAAACCGCCCUCGAAUCAGGUUUUUUCCAAACCAAGAUUUGGACAAACGAAAUUUAUUGUGAGUCAUUAUGCUGUCGAUGUGGCAUAUGAAGUGGGAGGUUUCAUUGAGAAAAACAGGGACAGUGUUUCCCUAGGGCAUUUGGAUGUUUUCAAGGCAACAACUAAUCCAAUUUUCAAACAAAUUUUGGACAACAGAGAAUCUAGAACUGAUGACGCUUCUCAAGAUCAAGAUACUGAAAAAAAGAUGAUGAUUCCAACAAUGCAAAGUCAAAAGAAGCCAACUCUAGGAUCUAUGUUUAAAAAGUCCUUGGGAGAAUUGAUGGCUAUCAUAAAUUCCACGAAUGUUCAUUAUAUUCGUUGCAUAAAACCAAAUUCUGAAAAAAAGCCCUGGAUGUUUGAUAAUUUGAUGGUACUAUCGCAACUAAGAGCGUGUGGCGUGCUGGAAACAAUUAGGAUAUCAUGUGCAGGCUUUCCAUCAAGAUGGACUUUCGACGAAUUCGUCCAACGAUAUUUCCUCUUGAGAGACUACGACCAAUGGAGUAAGAUUAUUUAUAGCCCAGACCUCCCAAGAGAUACAAUCGUAAACUUCUGUCAAUCUAUUUUAGAUGCUACCUUCUCAGAAUCUACCAAAUACCAAAUUGGUACUACCAAGAUUUUCUUCAAAGCAGGAAUGCUUGCAUUCUUGGAAAAAGAAAGGAUUAAUAAAAUGAAUAAAAUAUGCACCACAAUACAGAAAAAGAUAAGAGCUAGAUAUUAUAGAAACCACUAUUUGCAGACAAUGAAAUCUAUAAAAAAAUUUCAAAAUCAAUUAAGAAGUUUAUUAGUUCGUACAAGAGUUGAUCAUGAACUAAAGUUCAGAGCUGCCGUAUUGCUUCAAAGUAACAUUAGAGCAAUAUGGAAACGUCAAUACUACAAAUCCAUUGUUAUACAAAUAAUAGAACUACAAUGUGCUUGUAAAAGAAAAUUGAUUCUCGAUAAUAUUGAGAGGCAAUUCACGCUCAUGGCAACAAUAAGCAUCCAAAGCUACAUCAGAUCAUAUAGACACAAAACACAUUAUAGAACAGCAAAAAAGAGCACCAUACUUGUACAAAGUUCUAUGAGAAGGCAGUUAGCAAAACGAAGGUACAUAGAAUUGAAGAAAGAAGCUGAAGAACGCCUCAUUAUGGCUAAUUCUGGGAUUAGUUUGUUAGAAGAUUCUAUCGAAUUCAAAAACUCGUUCAUUUUGAAUUUAGAGAUGCUGAACGAUUCGUAUAUUAGAUUAACUAAGUUACUGCAGGGUGAUUUGUCAAAUAUUCCCUCCAAGGAAAGACAGGAGUACAAAACGCUAGUAAACGGUUAUAAUGAAAAGAUCUCAAAGUUGAAAACGUCACAGGUUAAAAUCAUGAGUAUGUUGAAUGAAAGGAAUGCGUUAAAGGAGAAAAAAGAAAAACAAGCUACUUUAAUUAAGUCGCAUAUGCAAAGCUUAGCUGCCAUCAAAAGUAAAAAGCCUUCACGAUUAAGCGAUGAAAUUAAAUCAAUGAAGCAAGAACUAGCGUUUAUUGAAAACGUAAUUGCACAAGACUUCGCCACAACAUAUUCUGCAAAUAGGAAUGACAAAACGAGAGGUCUAGGAAUAGCAGGACAGAAAGUAAGGUCAAAGCUAGUUAAUGUGAUCCGUAGAGAAUCUGGAAAUCCUGAUCUACUAGAAUUACUAAUGGAUUUAAAUAGUUACACAUUGGAAAUCACAGAAGGUUACUUGAAGAAAAUAAGCAUUACUGAAGUGGAUGAUGAUAAUGUUCUCAGCCCUAUACAGGUCAUUACUAUAAUCACAGAUAGCCUAGUAAAAAAUGGAUUGUUGAUUCAAAGUAGCAAGUUCGUUUCAAAAGCCUUAUUAACGAUAGAAACCAUUGUUAUGAGUCUACCAAGGGAUCAAACAAUGAUAGGCGGUAUCUUUUGGCUAAGCAAUCUUUCUAGAUUUCCCUCAUUUGCCGUACAACAGAAAUUAUUAUAUGAUGGGAAUGCCAAAGACGAUAAAGAUAAGCUGACGCUGGUAUAUUUGAAUGAUUUGGAGAGCGAAACCAUUAAAGUUUUUGAUAAGAUUUAUUCCAUUUGGUUAGUAAAGUUGAUGAAAUAUACCUCAAUGAAUAUAGAGAUCAGUGAUAUGAUUUUAAACGAUAGACUGCUCAAAAAUUCAGGUAAUGAAAGGUUUGUUAAACUAUUCUCAUUUCUAGAUGAGUUUGAUAAGGUCAUGUGUAAAUUUCAAGUCAGCAACUCGAUGCGUACAAAAGUUUACAACGAUAUCCUGAAGUUUCUCAAUGUGAUGCUAUUCAACGAUCUAAUAACCAAAUGUUUCACAUUAAAUUGGAAGUACGGAUUCGAAGUAGAUAAAAAUAUAGGGCAGUUGAUGACGUGGUUUGAACCAAGAAUCGAAAAUGCUCGCUCCAACUUUGUUCAUAUGAUUCAAAGUGUUAAGAUAUUACAAACGAAAAUGACCAAUCUGAACGAGUUUAAGCUGCUAUUUGAUUUAUGGUAUGCUUUGAAUCCCGCGCAAAUACAAACUAUUCUGAUGAAGUAUAAGCCUACUAAUAAAGACGAAGCAGGUGUACCGAACGAAAUCUUAACUUAUAUGGCUAACUUGGUAAAAAGAGAAAAUUCGGUUCUGCCUAGGAAGAUGGAGAUUAUGCUUUCUACCAAAUUUGACUCUGCCAGAAGUCAUCUGUAUCAUGAUACCGAUGCAAUGCCUCGUAGCUUCAAUGCAGAAGGCUUAGAUAUUGUUAACAAAAUUUUAGAAUUAAGCUAG